AUGGAAGAGGCGGAAAAGCCUAUUACCAGUGUGACAAUGGCAGUUAUGGUGGCGGCUAAGUGCGGCGAGUUCGGGAACAUGACGAGAGAUUGCAGUGGAGGUGGCGACGACGGUGAGUUUGGGAACAUGAAAAGGGACUACAACAAAGGUGGCGGUAACGAUAGUGGUUACUAUAGGUGUGGUGAGGUUGGUCACUUGGCUAGGGAUUGCAACAGAAAAGGUAGUUUAGGUGCUAGUAGAAAUGGUGGAAAGAGCAUCUGCUUCAAUUGUGGGAAGUCUAGGCAUUUUUUACUUUUGCAGAGAAUUUUGACGGUGGAGGAGAAGGAGGAGGGGCAGUCCAUAUAG